GGUCUCCCGGCGGGGUUCAAUGCGCCUGCGCCCCGCGAUUCAAGAUGGCGGACAGUGCGGAACUAAAGCAAAUGGUGAUGAGCCUCCGAGUGUCUGAGCUGCAGGUGCUUUUGGGAUACGCAGGAAGAAACAAGCACGGCCGCAAACACGAACUCCUUACUAAAGCUCUUCAUUUGCUCAAGGCUGGCUGCAGUCCUGCUGUCCAAAUGAAAAUCAAAGAACUUUACAGGAGGCGGUUCCCACAAAAAAUAAUAACAUCUGCAGACUUGUCCAUCCCUAGCGUCCACUCAACUUCCAUGUCAUCCCCUUUAUCAUCCUCUACCAUUCCACAGCUUGCUUUUGAUGGCCACCCUGCAACCUCACCAUUACUUCCUGUUUCUCUUCUGGGACCUAAACAUGAACUGGACCUGCCCCAUCUGACCUCAGCACUCCACCCUGUCCAUCCAGACAUAAAGCUUCAGAAGUUGCCAUUUUAUGACUUGUUGGAUGAACUGAUAAAACCAACCAGUCUAGCAUCAGAUAAUAGCCAGCGAUUUCGGGAAACCUGCUUUGCAUUUGCCCUGACUCCACAGCAAGUGCAGCAAAUCAGCAGUUCCAUGGACAUUUCUGGAACCAAAUGUGAUUUCACUGUGCAGGUCCAGUUAAGGUUUUGCUUAUCUGAAACCAGUUGCCCACAGGAAGAUCACUUCCCACCAAAUCUUUGUGUGAAAGUUAAUGGAAAACCAUGUAGCCUUCCUGGCUAUCUUCCUCCAACUAAAAACGGGGUUGAACCAAAGCGACCAAGCAGACCAAUCAACAUUACAUCGUUGGUGCGACUAUCCACAACGGUACCAAACACAAUUGUUGUCUCUUGGACUGCAGAAAUAGGAAGAACUUACUCUAUGGCUGUCUACCUUGUCAAACAGCUGUCCUCUACGGUGUUGCUACAGAGGUUACGAAUAAAAGGCAUAAGAAACCCUGACCAUUCAAGAGCACUAAUAAAAGAGAAGCUAACUGCAGAUCCUGACAGUGAAAUAGCAACAACCAGUUUAAGAGUUUCUCUUCUAUGUCCACUUGGCAAAAUGCGACUAGGAAUACCUUGCAGGUCUCUGACUUGCUCACACCUGCAGUGUUUUGAUGCCACCUUGUAUAUUCAGAUGAAUGAAAAGAAACCCACUUGGGUGUGUCCUGUCUGUGACAAAAAAGCACCCUAUGAACAUCUAAUAAUUGACGGGUUGUUUAUGGAAAUCCUGAAAUACUGCACAGAUUGUGAUGAAAUUCAAUUUAAGGAAGAUGGGUCAUGGGCUCCUAUGAGAUCAAAAAAAGAGGCACAAGAGGUGACAACAUCUUUUAAUGGUGUAGAAGGCUGCUUAAGUUCUUCUGUAGAUCAUCAGGUGUCUUCUCAUCAGUCAAACAAAAAUAAGAAAGUUGAAGUAAUUGACUUAACCAUUGACAGCUCAUCAGAUGAAGAGGAAGAGGAACCAUCUGUCAAGAGGAGAUGUCCAUCUCUGUCUCCUGCAUCACCCAUUAACAGCAAGAGCCUUUUAAGUCUGCCCCACCAAGUCUCUCCUGUUUCAAGAACCCCCAGCCUUCCAGCUGUUGACACAAGCUACAUCAACACAUCACUUCUGCAGGACUACAGGCAUCCGUUUCAUAUGACUCCCAUGUCUUAUGACCUCCAAGGCUUGGAUUUCUUUUCUUUCUUACCAGCAGACAAUCAGCAUUACAGCACUUCCAUUUUGGCCGCGGCUGCUGUCUCCACUUCGGACGAUCAAGAACUCUUGCACUCCCGUUUUUUCCCCUACGCUUCAUCGCAGAUGUUCCUGGACCAGCUGAACACAGGAGGGAGCGCUGCUCUCCCCACCACAAAUGGCAGCAACAGUGGUAGCAACAGCAGCCUUGUGUCCUCCACCAGUAUUCGGGAGGCCCACGGUCACCCCGUGGCCAGCAGAAGUAGCACAGACCCGGCUUCCCUCUUCGGCGUAAUCCCAGACAUUAUUUCUUUAGACUGAGCGCUGUUGCGGUGUCACUGGACUCAUUGGUGAAGAGAUUUGCGAUUUUGUUUUACCUUAUUUUGCUUAGAAAUGCAGAUAAGAUUUUCCUUUUUUGUAGGGAAAAAUAUUAAGACGUGUACAGAGAACAAAACUAUAUUUUCAGUUGUACUUUUGUAUAUAAACAGAAGACUGGUGAAAAACAAACAAUUACAAAAGCUCCCAGCAUAAUUGCUUGGGGUGUGAAAGAGUUUCCCCCUCCCUAUUUGUCUUGCGCGCUGGUGGGCUUGUUUUGAAGCUUUGACUUUGAACCACAUAACUUUUUGUUUGUUCACAGCAGUGCUAAUGGGAAAAAAAUAGUGUGCUUGAGGCACUGAACCUUAUGGAGGGACUUCUGAUUCUCAAGGAAACAGAGCGCACCCACAAUGAUUGGGGAGAAUUUCUCUUUCCUUAGGCAUGCUCCAUUGGGAAAGUUUUCCCGCACAAACCUUUGAAACAAAUUCAACUUUUGUAAUUGAAUUCCUGCUUUUCCUCUCCAUUUUUUCAUCCUGAAAUAGGACAGAGGCUGUUUCAGUUACAGAAAUUCCAUAGCAUUCUCUCAUGUGCCAGCUGGAUGUAGAUUUUUGGAAAGUCUUUUGGCUGUUUGUUCUGGAGUGGAUGGUCUGUUCUGAAUCUUCUGUGUUUCUGCUUUGGACUGUUUUUAUUAGCUAGCGCUGCCUUGGUUUGCUCAUAGAUCAGAUUUCACAGUUCUCCUUUUUGUUAACUGUUUGCCAUUGAGGGGUUAUUCUGCUCUUUUGGAUGAGACCAAAUGGGUUCUUAAAAUCUAGCUGCCAGCAAAGGCUCGCUUUGUUGAGAUAGUUUAGGAUUGCCUUGGCACUUAAAAAAUGUACGGCUGGAGUGCUAAAGACUUUCUUUUGUUAAAAAACUGAUUGGUGGAAUUCUUAGGACACGCAUACUAAAUAGAGCCAACCCAUCAAUAUUUAAGAGAAAUAAUGUAAUUUCAAUGAAUUGAUUGUGCAGCUGACAAUGUCACUGGCACAUCAUAUACUCCAGGAUCCAAUCUUGGAAGCAUUUUUUUUUUGCUUGGGAAAAUGUGCCCUAUUGAAUUCAGUAGGACUAACAUUUGAGUAAAUAAUCCAUAGGAUUAGGUUAAAGAGUAGCCCAUUAAAUUAUGGCUAAAAGUCCUUCCUUUUUAACUGCAGCUUAGUGGAGAGUAGAAAUCUACAAGAUGAUUAUCCCCCUCCCUUCCUUCAAAAUGUAUUAACUGACCUCACCAUUUCUUACCUUGUAAAUUCUUCUGAAGGAAGAUUUGUGUGUUACCCAUUAAGCAUUUGUAAAUUCCACAUUGAGGGUUGAAUGUUUAUUUAGAAAACUUUUUUUCAAGCUGGCUGAAUUUUUAAAAUGUUUUUUCCCCAAUUAAAUAGCAAAGCAUGAAAAUAGGAAGGAGAUUUUAAAAGGGGAAGGAUGGGAAAGUCAGAUGAAAUUUGCUGCACCUCACAACCCAUACUGAGAUUAAAAGAUUUUAUAGGUCACAUUUAAAACCAAGGUUUACAAAUGAUGAAGAUUUUGGUGGGAGGAAACAAAGUGGUAAAACAAGGCAGGCUUUUGUUUCAUCUUAAUUAGAAACCAUGUUAGCUAGUUCUUUGAACCAUGUCUGCGAAUGAUAGCAUUUUUUCCAAACUUUUAUUUUCAAGGCUGUCUUUCAGUGAAACUUUAAAUCAGUAACAAGCUACUAACUUUUAAUCAUAAAUGAACUUUUUUAAUAUAUAGACCACAGAAAUACUAUAUUGAAUUUUCUAAAAUAUGUCCCAUUUGCCAUUUACAUUUUGAUUUGAAUUUUAGGAGUGUUUGUUUAUAUGUAUAUGUGUGUGUAUAUAUGUAUUUAUAGAUAUGUGUGUGAGAGAGAGAAAGCGUGUAUUCUGUUCCAUGCAUGUGUUAUAUUAAUGUCUGGCCAAUAUGUUUCCUUGCUAGUUUCUAAUUUAUUAAAUGGCAGUAAAAUUUAAAGAAACAAGUAGAAAACAGUAAUCUUUUCUAAAUUCACUAUAGCUUGGGGCAUUAAAACUAAUACUGGCUUAAGAAUUAUACCUAACAUUUAAAACUUAUCCUCUCUGUGUUCCAAGUGAAGAUUGGAAAUGGCCUUGUUUGAAACCAGAAGUAUGGUGACAGAGCCAGAAUUGGCACCAUUCUCUUGAAACUCUGUGGCCUUCUAUCUGACAUCUCUGCACAAUCCAAAUAAUUGCUUUUAUUAAAUACUUAAAUAUAUAGCUGAAUAA